GCGCGGGUCUCCGCAAAUAUUCACAUCGAUAAAUCGCGAAUUUGAUUGAAUUUUUAACGCAAUUUGUUGUUAAUAAAAUUUUGAGAUACUGUUUUGAUAUUUUCUCCGAGGAUUUUUUGAAUUUAAUUCAAUUGACAAUGCGAUCGGCGGGAAAUUGGAAUUUUCGGGAGUGAUAAUGUGGGAAAAUCUGUGUUUAGAAAAGCGCAAAAAGUACCCUUGACAGAUGUCAAUGAUGUCAUCGGAUUGGAUUCGAGAUUAAAAAUUGAAAAUCCAUAAAAACAUGAGUGAAAAAUAAUGUGUGUGAACGAGUGGUGAAAUUGUUGAACGAGUGACUGAUCGACAAUGCAGUUUACCGGAGCGUAGAUAAUCUGAUAAUUAUGGUGGUGUUAUGGUGAAUAAGGUUAAAAGCCCACAAUGCAGUUGAUGACACUGAACUCACUUUUGAUGUUUGACCUCGUUUUCCUAUUUUUUUUAUUUCUCGUCGUUGUCUCGUGUCUGGUGUAUUAUCUGCCAGCAGUGCCAGCGAGUCAAAUUGCACCGCACGAAAUUAUAAAUGCAAGAGUGGCCCCAAGGGCCGAUGCACCUGUCGACGAUGUCUGAGAAUGCCUACGGAGGUCAACGGCGCGCUGCCAGUGGUAGCUGGGGACAUCCUCGCCCUGAGAGGCAGCGGCUUAGCCGCGGCAGAAACCUGGGCUCUACUCUGUCAAGCUGCCCAGGCCCUCCAGGACCUUUUCCUCUCAAAUGGAGGUGUUGUUGGUGGAUCGCGUGCAGGACCGGUGGUAACACCUCACACACUGGAGCUGACACCGAGAGGUAGAGUGACUCUACAGCUGGCACCACCGGAAACAGCCCGAGCAUAUUUACCACCCGAAUACAGGCCUGGUCGCAUGUACUCGGAUACGGACUCAGAGAAGAUGUGGAUGUACUCCCUAGGUCGAGCGCUGGUGGACACAACACCCCGAGUAGCUGCUCUAACAGGAUCAGUAUCAGUAUCACCCACGUCAGCCCUGCAGUCGGUCCUGGCUGCCAUGACAGAGCCAGAUCCUCGUCGACGGGCUUCGCUGAUGAAUCUUCUUGAUGUAAUAUCCGAGUACUGUCGCACGCGCCUGCAGUCAAAGCCUUUUACUCACAUAGUCAUGGAUAUGUACAGAGAGGUGGUGAGAUCUUCGCAAUAUGCAGCUCGGAGACGUUUUGCGAUGCAGUCACGCAUGAUAAAUAUGAAAUCCCAGCGACCGCCCCAGCAUCAUCAUCAACCACCACCACCAGCACCGUCUCACUACUCAAAACAUCAUGUCAAAGGCAAUUUAUUCAAGACACAGUCACGUAAUUCACGGUCUCAUCCCAAUCUUCAGAGUCUUUCGGGCCAGGAGCCGACGUUAUCCAGUCCCAAACCCCAAUUUCAAUCGCAAAUGAAUAUCGAAUCGAUAAAUCAAAUGGGUAACAGUGCCGAGGUACAUCAUGGACGAACAAAUUCACAACCAGUUACGACAGAACGUACUGUUGGUAUCACACAAACUAGAAGUAAUCACAAUUUAGCGAUUAAUAGUGAACAGAUUCAAUCUGGUAACAAUGUGUACAGCGAUCCAAUUUAUGCAUUACCAGUCAAGCCAUUUCUCAGCUCUCAGGAUGUGCGGGUGAAUGGACUGUCAGCAAAAUCAACGGUACAACGAACAGAUGUCUAUGCACAACCAGUGAGAGUUCGAUGUGUGCGUAAUGGUGGAUCAUCGCAACCUAACAUUGCUCAUCUUGGUAGAAUGACCGGUGAUGAGGUUGUUUAUGGGGCGGGGAGAAAUUGUCCACCAGCACUGCUACAUCGACAGUAUUCCAAUCCCCAGUUGCCGAGUAGAAAUUCAAGUGAUAACAAUGGGGCAUUGAGAAAUCAUCUGUCUAAUCAGGGGGUGGGUGGGAGGCUCAGGGUGUUCACGGCUAACUGUGAUCAGGAGGGUCACCUGCAGCGGAAUGUGGAGGUGUCUGUUAAGGGGGUACAUGGACCGACUCCGCCGAAACCACCGAGGAUAAUUACCAGUGUCGAUAGGCCAGCAGCACCUCUGCCUGAUACUAAUGGCGAACCACCGCCCAAACCGCCGAGAAAUGCUAUUCGCAAUGGGCCGAGGGCGAGACGAGGUAAACCCGUGCAGAGGGCACCAUCAAGAUUAUAUCGAGCUAUUAGUGGGCCCACCAGAUGUCUGAAUAAAACACAGUGCGUUGGACCGGAGUUUGUGGUACGCGCCAAUCAACCUUCGAAGUUGCUCACCGUGGGGGGUGUAAAGACCGGCUGUGGCGGAAGAAUAGUUGUCAUAUUGCUCACCGGGCAACGGAUUGACGUGACCUGUGAUCCCCAGAAAAUAACGGCUGGCGAGCUCUUUCAGGCAAUAGUUCAAGCGGAAUCACUCGAGGAGAACUUUACCCUCGGUCUGGCGGCAUUAUUGGCCGGAGAUUUUGCCAUGUUACCACCGGAGACUAAGCUGAAUAAGGUAGCGCCUCCAGGCUGGUUAAAUAGUGGCAAAAGUAAGGGUCCCCUGGGUCUGCCCACCAGCUUUAUGCUUUAUCUACGUCUGCGAUUCUUCCUUCCCUCCUUGAGAGGCAUCAGAAGUUGGAUCUCCAAGCACUUGCUCUAUCUCCAAAUAAGAAGAUGCAUACUGGAGCAGCAAUUAGUUUGCCCUUUGACCCAACUCGUUAACCUAACGGGCCUAGCCCUGCAAGCCGAGUUUGGUAACUACAGUGUAAACGAGCACGGACGCGGUGAUUAUUUCCUGCUGGAGCAUUACAUUCCCGAAUCGCUUAUUCUGAACCCGGACCAUCAGAAUUCUCACCUGACCACGGAGGCCCUCAAAUCCCGGUUGCAUCAAGCCCAUCGUGAUCGUCGCGGUCUCGACGCAAAUAGUGCCGAAGAGAUGUUCAUAACGCACGCCCAGGGUCUCCACGACUACGGCUCGCAUUUUUAUAUCGCCACAGUGGACACAAAGGAGCUGGAAAAAAUAUCUGAUCGAAUAAAAAAAAUUGAGGCAAAUCGCACAGCCGAUCGUCCGGAUACUGAUAACAUUUAUCAAACGGAUAGCGUUGACUACUCGCUCUAUGGAAAAAUCGAGUACUCGAGUCCUGCGACUUACGGUAAUAUCGAAUCCUCGGAGCCCAUGAAAAAUCAUAGAGACGAUAUUUACGCAGUUCCGAAGAAUAGUUCGGGCGUUAGUGUAGCUGAGAAGAACAACAACAACAUCAGCAACAGCAGUCAGAAUAAAUCGCGAUCGAAAAAAUCGGAGACGAACGUGUGGCUCGCAGUUCAUGGACAGGGUCUGAAGCUGUUCGCGCGAGCUGGCAGGCCCCGGGAGAGAAGCGAAUUGAUUCGUGUUCAGUGGAGGGACAUUCAGACCCUCAGCUACAGUAAAAAUUGUCUAGUUGUUUACACAAAAUUCGCAGGAAAAAGGGCGAAAUUCAAACUGCGAAUGGAUCACAAAAAGAGUUAUUAUGCAUUUAAACUCACAUCACUCCAUCAUCAGUUCUUUCUGAAGCUCAAGUCCGAGCUUACUUCGCUCCAGGGCUUGCAGAAGGACUUCGGGGUUGCGUUGACGAGCGAGGGGAAUUCACCGAGGAUAAAGAGCGGUGGAAAAAAUUCAUCGUCGAGGAUAUCCAUCGCUGAGGGAACCAAGACAGGCGAUCAGAAAGUUAUUCCCUUGGAGGAGCUGCAGAAUAAAGAGAAUGAGAAUCCUCAGAGGGAUGGGGGACAGGCCAAGUGCGAUGAUGAUGAGCCGGUUUGUUAUACUCCUGAGGAGGACGCACUUUAUGCUCAGGUUAACGCGAGACUUGAACCGGAGGGGGCGUCCAGGGACACCGAGGACGAGGGGGAGAGGCAAGCGAGGAUUGAUGAUGCCGAGGGGGUGACUGGGGCUGAGGGGGCUGAGGGCGAGUUUAGUUACUCGAAUGUUGGCGGGACUUAUGCGGGGAUUAAACAGGGAAAGAGUGAGGAAGUUGGAGACGUUAAACAUCCUGAGGAACUUUAUGCUGCGAUCAAUAAAUCUUUGAGCAAAAAGAAUGGAUAUCCCACCCCGGAGGAGGUCUGGGAUGUCGCGGGGAAGAAUGCCCCAGCGAAAAAUCUUGCGAAGGUAAAGACAUCGAGCCUCCCGAAUUACGGAACCCCACGUCAGAGCACCGGUUUCCGGACGCCGAGUCUUCCACGUCGGCUGGGGGUGAAAAUGGGAACUCGGGCGAUAUACAGCAGUCUGGUUCAACGUGAUCCCAGCCUUGCCGACGACCUUGAGUCUCUCUCACUGAAAUCCGACACCGCCUCGUCGAUUCAAUCGACAUCUGUCCAUUCAACAGAGUCCCCGAUGCCCGAGGCCUACGUACUCAAUGCAGAUAUCAGAACUGAUGACGAGACAUUUAGAAUAGCCAACGACGAGAGCAUGUCGGCAUCGCUGGUGGCGAGGCUCGAGGAGUUGUCAUUCACCGAGGAGAGAAUUCUCCACACCAUAAAGUUGGAAAGGGGUCACGGAGGGAGUAUAGGGCUGCAGGUUACCGAGGGUAACGAUGGAGGAGUAUAUGUCCAGGCAGUUUCCGUUGGAGGAUCCGCCGAUAUGGCUGGAAAUGUCAAUAAAGGUGAUAGAAUUCUCGCAAUAAACGGUCAGAGUUUGCUGAAUCUUCGUUACGAGGACGCCUUGAAGUUGCUUCAAAGUUCAUCGGAGACUGUCGAGCUCGUUCUAUCACAGUUCACAUCUAACAGAACUGAUGCACUCAGGCAACAUCACCAGGAGCCAAUUGUUAAUAAUUACCUCCAAAAUUUGAGAUUUGACAUUUCGGGGGAGGCCGAUGUGCCCGGAAUGACUAACAAGUGGCUUUCCCACAAGUCCGGGGAUGUUGCGUCAGUGCAGAAUACCUCCAGUGCAUACAGCAGCGCAGCCUCCAGUGCAAUGGGUAAUCACAAUAUCAAUGUUUAUCAGAUCGAGGAUGGCUUUGCACUCAAUUCAGCCAGUAUGUUGCUGAGCAUCGAGGACUUUGAUGUCAGCAGAACGAGUCGUCAAGUCUUUAUUUAAAAAAGUCGACCCAGAAAACCCACCUCCAGUGCCGCCUCGCCGAAAACGUCGUCGACCAUUACCCCAGGGUGUCACGGCCCCGACCCCCCCAUCGCCAGUAAAUUUAUCACGCAUAAGAAAAUCCCCAGGACCAGCAAUGCACC